AUGCUUCGGGGCUGUACGGGCAGCCUCAACAGGCGGAGCCACGCGUUCGUGGACGCCGUCAAGGUGCUCGUCUCUAGCGGUGCCGGUGGCGAUGGGGCAAGUGUGAUGGCACACGAGCACGGAAACGAGUUUGCGGGGCCUGCUGGUGGCAAUGGCGGCAACGGCGGUGGGGUGAUGCUGCGCUGCAGCAGAAGGUUCGCCGACCUCUCGCAUAUCAAGGCGAUGGGGAGCCAGAUCAGUGCGGCGCCCGGUAGCGUUGGCUUCGCCCGCAACUCACACGGCAGGAAGGGGAAAGAUUUGCUGCUGGAACUCCCCGUCGGCACAGAGGUGGUGGACGUCGACACAAACGAGGUGGUGUACGACGUGGAUGAGGACGGCGUGGAGCUGCUGCUGCUCGAGGGUGGGCAAGGUGGAAAGGGAAACGCGGCCUUUGCAAACAAGUGGCAUCAUUCCCCAACGGAAUCCACGCGCGGUCUGCCGGGGAACACCAUGCUGGUUCAGUUCGAGCUCAAGACGAUUGCGGACGUCGGGCUUAUUGGGUAUCCGAAUGCGGGAAAGUCUUCUCUCCUCUCUGCCAUCAGCUCGAGCAAGCCGAUGAUUGCACCGUACGUAUUCACCACGCUUCGGCCGUAUGUUGGCGUGAUUCACAACAUGUACGGCCACACGUGCCGUGUGGCGGACUUGCCUGGGCUCAUUGAGGGCGCGUAUGAGAACCGCGGGCUCGGCCACCGGUUCCUGCGCCAUGUCGAGCGCACGCAGUCGCUGGCGUACGUUGUGGAUAUGGCUGGCUCCUACACCCCUCCGGACGCAACAGCACCGUCGGAGCCGUGGGAGGUGGUGGAAGCGCUGCAGCGCGAGCUUGAGUAUUACCUGCCCGGCCUCAGCAGUAGGGCGCUGAUGGUGUUCGCCAACAAGAUGGAUCUCCACACCGACAGCAGUGGUGCACUGCUGACGGACAAACUGGAGGAGUUGCGGAGGCGUGUGAAGCUACCGGUGUUUCCAAUCUCCGCAGCGCUCGGCAUUGCGCUGGGCACGGCGCAUCCUCAGGCUGGCCUGAUGGACGCACUGAAACUUAUGUGCGAGGAGGUUUUUCGCAAGAAGCAGCGACAGGAGGAGAUGCGACGCGCCCAGCAGCGCACUGAGACGUUUGCGUUAGAGAAGACAUUCCGUGCAAAGAACAUGGGUGUGUUUACUACUCCUGAGGGCAUGGACGAGAGGGAGGGCGAUCUCUCGCUGGUGGACCAGCAGCUUGCAGACUGCGGUUUCAGCGGACUUGGCGAGGACUUUGACGGCUACCAGCAGGCUGCUGCUCGUGGCAAAUUGCACGACUACCGCGAUUUGACAAUGAAGGGAAAGUACUGGUCGCUUACACGGGGGAAUGGGGAGAAAAUUGGCGGUGAAAAGUGGCGGUGA